GGUUCUGGGCUUAGGCUUAGGGGCGUGAUGACGACGUUGGACUGAUGCCUCUCUCGUUUCCUCAUUUCGCAUCUCUCUCUCUCUCUCUCGCUGUCUCUGAUCUACCAUACCUCUCUUCUUUGACCCACCUUUCUUCCUUCAAUGUCUUUCGCACUCUUCAAUCCAUUCCCACACUCUCUCCCCUGAGAUUCUCCCUCCCCCAAUUCCUACGCCAAACAAACCCUCUCUUUCCCCCUUUUUCCUCUUUUCUCCUUCAUUCCUAGGGUGCAGAAAAUAAAAAAAGAUGAAGUCCCUCAGCAAGUUGAAGAAAACACUUCACAAGACAGUCUCCAAGGACAAAAAGGACUUUCCCCCCACCGUUAAGUUCGACGAACUCGCCCUCGCUGCCAAGGACAUGCAAGCCAUGAGAGAUUGCUACGAUAGCCUGCUUUCUGCAGCCGCUGCCACGCAAAACAGUGCUUACGAAUUUGCCGAGUCACUGCAGGAAAUGGGUACUUGUCUACUGGAGAAAACUGCCUUAAAUGAUGAUGAAGAAAAUGGUAAAGUUUUGGGGAUGCUUGGAAGUGUGCAGCUUGAACUUCAGAAGCUUGUUGAUAGCUAUCGUUCUCACAUAGUACUGACAAUAACCAAUCCAUCAGAGUCUCUUCUUAAUGAGCUAAGAACUGUUGAGGACAUGAAGCGGCAAUGUGAUGAAAAAAGAGAUGUUUAUGAAUACAUGAUUGCCCAACAGAAAGAGAAAGGAAAGUCAAAAAGUGCUAAAGGUGAAAGUUUCACGCUACAGCAGUUGCAAGCAGCUCAUGCUGAAUAUGAAGACGAAGCAAAACUUUGUGCCUUUCGGUUAAAAUCGCUGAAGCAAGGCCAGUCACGCAGUCUCCUAACACAAGCAGCGCGUCACCAUGCUGCUCAGUUGAAUUUCUUCCGGAAAGGACUUAAAUCACUAGAGGCUGUUGACCCACAUGUUAGGAUGAUUGCUGAACGACAACAUAUUGAUUACCAAUUCAGUGGCCUGGAGGAUGAUGGAGGUGAAAAUGAUAAUAAUGAUGAUGGGAAUGAUUUUGACGUCAUUGAAGGUGGUGAGUUGAGUUUUGACUACAGGGCAAAUAAGCAAGGGCCAUAUAUUGUUUCCACAUCACCGAACUCAGCAGAGGUGGAAGAAUCAGGCCGUUCAUAUAUUCGAGCUUCAACCCCAGAAACUGCAGAGACAAGUUUAGAGAAGAACCAAGGAGAUUUUAAAGUUUCAAAUAGAGUCGGCGGCAGUUAUUCAGCUCCAAUACUUGCAGAAAAGAAAUUUGACCCAGCUGAAAAAGUAAGACAACUUUUAGCAUUUUCUGCAGCAAAGUCUAAUGCAUAUGUUCUCCCUACACCAGUCAACAUCAAAGAAACCAAAACUAGCUCAGCCCCCCGCACUAGUGCCAGUGGAUCUUUGCAUAAUUUGUGGCAUUCUUCCCCUUUGGAUGAAAAAAAGAAUGAGAAAGAUGUUGAUAGUAAAUUGUCAGAACCGACUAUCCCUAGAGCUCACUCUGUUCUCAAAGAAAGUGACAGUGAUACUUCAUACACUCAGUUACCACGCCCUUCAGCAGAUGGACUCUUACUUCCACAAGUUGAUUUUUUGAGUGCCUCUGAUACUAAGAAAAUAAAAAGACAAGCUUUUUCAGGUCCAUUGACUAAUAAACCAUUAUCAGUAAAACCUGUUUCUGGGGGGUUUUCACGUUUACCAGUGCCCCAGCCUUCAUCUCCGAAAGCAUCUCCUAAUGCUUCACCUCCCCUUGUUUCUUCACCCCGGAUAAGUGAGCUUCAUGAACUUCCUAGACCUCCUGGUAAUCAAUCUAGCAAGCCACGAGUGGGUCACUCUGCUCCAUUAGUAUUAAAAAAUCCAGAGGCUGCCAUGACUAAUAAAUUUCCUUCAGUUGUAUUGAGGGCAGCAUCUCCACUUCCAACUCCACCUGUCUCUCGGAGUUUCUCUAUACCUUCUAGUGGUCAGAGAGUUGUGGCAUUAAAUGUUUCUAAUACCAAGUAUUUGGAUACUCCCCAAGUUUCAAAGGUCGAUAAAGCUGUGUCACCUCCACUAACACCCAUGUCCCAGAGAGCAUCUAAUAUAUCUGACCUGGCUUCUCACUCUAGUGAAAUCCAAGCUUCAUCUUGAUGGGAAUCAAAUGUGAGUAUGAGGCUUUUCAGUGAAUGCAGGUGGGAGCUAAAUCUCUUGCGCACAUACUGAGGUUGAGUUCUGCUGAAUGAUUCUUAGUUUAAGUGUCUUUAUUCUAUGUCGGAGCUAAAUCACUUGCAUUGUGGAGUUAUAGGGUUUUCCCAACAAAAAGGUUCAGGCAAAUAUAUGUAAAUAUGCUGUUUAUGUAUUGUUUAGCUUCUCAUCUCAAUUUGUAUCUAUUAUUUUUACUUUAACUAGUGAUGAUGGGAACUAAACUCUACAUGAUUGUGUCAUUAUAAUGUGUUCUGUAUAUAUUCGGAUGAAAAAUUUUGUUCACUUCCCCAAGUCCAACAUGACAUGACGACAAUGAAAGAACUUUAGCAACAGAAUGAGAUGCUUACCCAUUUAUUUA